AUGCCGACACCCGAACUCCCAACGCUCUCGAGCAACAUCCAAGUGCUCCAAGCGCCGACGUAUUCUCGAUCUCCGACACGACCGGCGCAAUCGAACACAUCGGCGUCCGCAUCGUCGCUCCAGGUGGAGCUCACAACGACUACGCCGAUGCGAUAUACAGGCGCCGGGUACGGUCUCGAUACGAGUGGCCUCUCGAGCCAAAACGCGCGGUCACCCGAAAUACCUGUGCUCUCGCGUCAUGUGCAGCUGCAGCACACUCCGUUCGACGGGGAUGACGACGACGGGGUGGAGGAAGCCAAGACGCCAUCGACGCCGGAGCGUCACUUUACGUCGUCGGCGAUCAAGGCCACAAGUGGCGUGAACAACGUGCUGCUAUCCCCGCAGUGGGCACCAACGCCAUCGGCAAAUCUCCGUCGCCGGUUCAGCGCCGUCGCUGAGCUUACCUCGACGCCCCGAAAGACGCCCCGAAAGACGCCGUCCAAGUCGAGCGACGAGGACGCGCUCCUGUCGCCGCACCUGGGCUCGCCGUUGCUGAGCACGAAGCUGCGCGUCAUGACGCCCCACACGCCACUCUCGAACCGAAUUGCAGGCGCCGACACGUCGUACCAACCUGCCAUGGAUGCCCUGUAUGCGGCGUCGCCAAACGAACCGAUCCCGGCGUUCGACCUUUCGCUGUUUCCCGUGGCCUUCCAGCGCGGUCUCGCGGCGUACCAAAUGACGACGCUGUAUAGUCUCUUCCGCGAAGAUGCCCACCAAGCCCUCACGCUCACCGAAGUUUCCGAGAAAAUGACCGAUUGCGAGCUCGAGCGGCUCGAAAUAUUCCUCGACACGCUUGUGUCGCGACGACUGCUUCGACCGUUCGUCGUCGAAGGCACCAUGUACUGGCAAGUAUCGACGACGUAA